UGACACGAACCCACAAAAGCCGUCAGCGUCACAAACCCCACUUUUUUCAGGUGCAUCGCCGCAAAAACCCCAACCGGGCUGUGACCUCGCCGGAGUCCCCAAACCUCCCAUACCGCUAUGCCGACGGCGGCGGCGGCGGCCACGGCGUCGCUGCGGGUAUCCAACAUCCCGCCAUCGGCCGUCGCCGCGGAGCUGCUCGCCUUCUUCGACUCCGCCGUCGCCGUCGCCGGCGGCGCGUUCGCCUGCGAGAUCGCGGCGGCCCACCGCGGGUGGCUCAGCCGGGGCCACGGCACCGUCCAGUUCGGCUCCGCCGCGGCGGCCGCUGCCGCCGCGGGCCUCGCCUCCUCCGGCCGCCUCCCCCGCUUCCUCGGCGCCCUCCUCUCCGUCUCCCCUUCCCCCGUCGACCUCCUCCCGCGCGCGUCCGACCUCUCCCUCCGCGCGGCCGGCGCGGGCCUCGUGGUGGGCGACCGCGUCGCCGAGCGCGUGUUCGAGGCCGCCGACGCGUGGGACGGCGUGCGCGCCGAGGUCAUCCCGGGGAAGCGGCGGGUGGACCUGUACCUGGAGCACGAUUCCCAGAGGUACAAGCUCGAGGUGCUCUUCGAGGACAUGAAGGAUUGCCUCGGGUGCACCCUGGACGGGAUGGGCGCCAUCUUGCUGCAGCUCAAUUAUGCACCAAGAAUACACACUGCAAUUUCUGGGCCUGCAGUUAAUUCAAGGUUUAUGGAUGACCGCUUUCAUGCAUGCAAGGAGGAUGCUAAAUUUUCCUGGGUCAGGGCACUUGAUUUUACACCCAAUUAUUCUUUUGGGAGGUGCUCUACUCUUGUCCUUAAACUGGGUAAAAGUGCAUUGGUGUCUGAUAUUCUCAAAAGUUUACCUUUCUCAGGAAAUUUAGGGGAAUUGACUAUGAAUUCAAUGGAUGGUGUUGGUGCCUCCUCCAAUGUGGUUCCCCUUGUUCAUUGUCCGAGGGACUAUUCAGUGCCUUAUGAAGUUCUGUUUCGUCUGAACUCUCUCAUGCAUAUGGGGAAGAUAGUCGCCAAGCAUGUUAAUGCCGAUCUGUUUAAAGCCCUUCAAGAACUACCGGUUGAUGUCUCAAGGAGAAUUUUUGAGAAAAUGCACAAAUUAGAGUCUACCUGCUACGGGCCUUUACAAUUUAUCCAACAGGAGGCUUAUAGCAUGAAGAGAAGCCAUAAUGUUUUGCUCUCCAAUGAAGGUGAAGGUGAAGGUGAAAGAAAAUUGAUGAAGUGUUAUAGAGUUAACAUAACUCCCUCCAAAAUAUUCUGCUUUGGACCUGAAGAAGAGGUUACAAAUUAUGUGGUUAAGCAUCAUUCUGCAUAUGCUUCUGACUUUGUGAGAGUUACUUUUGUUGAUGAAGAUUGGAGUAAGCUUUCUUCUAAUGCAAUCUCAGCUAGAAUUGAACAAGGUUUCUUUUCUAAGCCUUUCAAAACUGGUCUAUAUUAUCGGAUUCUCUCCAUUCUAAAAAAAGGAUUUUCCAUUGGUCCAAAGAACUUUGAAUUUUUGGCCUUCUCAGCAAGUCAACUUCGGGGAAAUUCUGUUUGGAUGUUUGCUUCUAAUGCUUCCUUGAAUGCUGGAGGUAUAAGAAGAUGGAUGGGCCACUUUGAGAAUAUCCGUUCAGUUUCUAAAUGUGCAGCUAGAAUGGGUCAGCUGUUCAGCUCCUCCAGGCAAACAUUUGAAGUCUUACGAUGGGAUGUGGAAGUGAUUCCAGAUAUUGAGAUCACAACUGAUGGCUCCAAAUACAUAUUUUCUGAUGGUAUUGGGAAGAUAUCUUUGAGAUUUGCCAAGCGAGUUGCACACCACGUUGGAUUAGAUCCUACUAACCUUCCUUCAGCUUUUCAAAUAAGGUAUGGUGGCUACAAAGGAGUCAUUGCCAUUGAUCCUAUGUCCUCUAUUGAUCUUUCUCUGCGUCCUAGUAUGAAGAAAUUUGAGUCUGAGAGCAGGAUGUUGAACAUUACAAGUUGGAGCAAGUCUCAGCCAUGCUAUGUGAAUCGUGAAAUUAUUUCUCUUCUCUCAACAUUGGGUAUAAGGGAUGAAAUUUUUGUUGCAAUGCAACAAGAUGAGAUGCGUGAAACAGAAGAAAUGCUAACCAACAAAGAAGUUGCUUUGUCAGUCCUAGGGAAACUUGGUGGUUCUGAAACAAAGACAGCAGUGAAGAUGUUGCUGCAAGGUUAUGAGCCUAGUUCAGAGCCUUACCUGUCAAUGAUUCUUAAGGCCCAUCAGGAGAAUAGGCUUACUGACAUUAGAACUAGAUGUAAAAUACAUGUUCCAAAAGGCCGUGUUCUUAUUGGUUGUUUGGAUGAAACAGGUGUAUUAGAAUAUGGUCAGGUUUACAUUCGAAUUACAAAGAACAGCAAAGAACAAAAGGACAGUAAUCAAUCAUAUUUUUAUAAUGAUGACGGGAAAACAGCCACAGUUGUUGGAAAAGUUGCAAUCACAAAAAAUCCGUGUCUCCAUCCUGGUGAUAUCCGAGUACUUGAAGCCAUCUAUGACCCUGAUUUGGUGGGCAUGGUUGAUUGUCUUGUCUUCCCUCAAAGAGGAGAAAGGCCUCAUCCAAACGAAUGCUCGGGGGGAGAUUUGGACGGCGACCUCUAUUUUAUUACUUGGGAUGACAAACUUAUUCCAGAGAAAGUUGAUACACCUAUGGACUACACAGCAACAAGGCCGCGCAUAAUGGAUCAUGUUGUUACACUCGAGGAAAUUCAGAAGCACUUUGUUGAUUACAUGAUAAAUGACUCGCUUGGUGCCAUCUCAACUGCCCACUUGAUUCACGCGGACCGUUCGCCACUGAAAGCUCGGAGUCCCGAGUGCCUCCAGCUGGCAACUCUGCAUUCCAUGGCAGUUGACUUCGCCAAGACGGGAGCUCCAGCUGAAAUGCCGCGAACAUUGAGGCCGAGGGAGUACCCCGACUUCAUGGAACGGUGGGAGAAGCCGAUGUACAUCUCCAAUGGUGUUCUUGGCAAGCUCUACCGAUCAGCGAUGGGUCACAUGGAGAAAUCAGGAGAUUCAGGAGCUCUCUCAUCAUCCUCAGCACAACCAAGCCCCACAUACGAUCCUGACCUCGAGGUCCCUGGCUCUGACGAAUUCCUGCAAGCUGCAGAGGAGUACUACGAGCUGUACGAGGAGAAACUGACCACGCUGAUGAACUACUACCGUGCGGAGCUCGAGGACGAGAUCCUGACGGGCAACAUCCGGAACAAGAUGCUGUACCUGAAGAGGGACAACAAGAGGUACUUCGAGAUGAAGGACCGGAUCGUCGCCGCCGUCGACGCCCUGCACAGGGAGGCGAGGGGCUGGCUGCUGAGCUCCAGGAAGGAAGAGGACGCGUCGCGGAUGGCGUCGGCGUGGUACCGCGUGACGUACCACCCAGACCGCCGCCGCGGGAAGCGGUUCUGGAGCUUCCCGUGGAUCGCCUGCGACAACCUGCUGGCGAUCAAGGCGUCGAGCCAGCUCAGGCGGCGGCGGCAGAAGGACGAUGACUCCACCGCGGUGGUGCAGAUGGACUGCAGCGCCUGAUGUGGCAGAGGAUUCUCUGACUUUGAGUGACUGACAUGUGGGCCUGCUGGAUAAGGGAUCCAUGGGUCAGUGACAAGUUAGAGGGAAAUAAAUUAGAGGUUCUCUGACGCGCCGUCCUAAGUGAACUUUCAACUGCACAGUUCAUUGCUGUGCGCCUGUGCCUGUACGCUGUACAAAUCUGGUUCGACUAAUCUUAGCUGAGCUGAACAGCAGAGCUCCGGCUCGCAACUUGGAAGAGGAAAGAGUUUGAUGAUGAACACCUACGUAGAGUAAAAGUUCCUCUUCCUAAUAAAAGAGUCUUAGUGCUGAUCUACCGGUAAGGUGGAGGCUUCCAUUUCUUGUUUUCUGCGAAGGAAAGAAACUUAGGGUGUGUUUAGUUCACACAAAAAUUGAAAGUUUAAUUGAAAGUGAACGAUGUAACGAAAAAGUUGGAAGUUCA